UGAGAAAAUCUUACAUAUAUAUCUAUAUAUCUAUAUAGAUAUAUUAUAUAUUAUAUAAAAAAUAAUCAAAUGUCUCCUUUCACAAUGAACCUACCAGGAAGGUUUCCUGUUGCCCCAGACAAUAAACUGCCUAUAGUCGGUCACGAACAGGCCUUUCACCCUCUAUCAAAAGUAGACACUAUUGGCCUUCAUUCCAACGACUCACAAAACAGUAUCUCAGUAAACUCAGCCCCAAAGCGAAAGAGUAACAGCAGUGAAGCUUCAACCUUAUUCAAUUCUUCUGGUCCACCAGACCAAACACACAUAUCUUCACCACAAGUAGUCUCUUCAUCCAAAACGACUACCACCACAAGAACAACAGCAUCAGUCCCCACUACCGGACUGAUGAAUACGCCACCAAACAACAUGUCCUUGGACGAUCCUUUACUACCACCUCCUAGAUUCCCAAUCGACCAUCUGAAUCGUAUCGACACAACCGUUCGACUCCAGGACCUCGAAGAAGCCAGCCGGCCCAGCGUCUAUCUUUUCAUCUUUGUCAACCCAUUAUCCGGCGACCGUAAAGGCAGAGAUCUUAUCAACCUAUCGAUUCAGAACUUUCGUCUCCGGCGGUUCCCCAAUGUCCAGGUCGAGAUGCACAACAUCCUUGACGAAACAGACCGCGAGCUUGGAUUUGAUCGCAUCCGUAUCAUCGAAGGUGCAGUCAAGCGCGGAGACGUUCCAGCCAUCAGAGACGAAGCACCAGGAUCUCCCUUUGGGCGGUUGGGAAAAACCGUCCGCACACGCCACAUUCAUGUCUGGAGUGCAGGUGGUGAUGGCACUGUAAUGAGUGUUUUUGAAAUGUUGGUAGCACACAAAAUCGACCUUGACUAUGUAUACUUCUCCUGUAUUCCUUUUGGUACUGGAAAUGACUUUAGUCAAGUGCUUGGGUGGGGAAGAACAAUCACGCACAGCAACAUUUUGGGCCGAAGACUCAGCAAUCUUGAAGAACUCGUGUCUGAGCGCCUAGAAAAAGCAGAGGCUGCUCGUCUGGAUAUCUGGGAAAUCGACAUGACAGCGCACCCGACCGGCUUUGUGCGUGUGGCCGGUCCAAACCGUAACGACGGCCACGAUGUCCAGGAAGUCAAGGGCCCACAACGAAAAGGCCCUCAGCGCCUGGUCCGCAAGAUGUGCAACUACAUGUCGAUCGGUGUCCAGGGCUACGUGGGCAGUGGGUUCGAGAAACACCGAAGUGGAAGUCGGCUUGCCAACAUGCUUGUCUACACACACGAAAGUGCCAAAUGGGUCUUCUGGAGACAUUUCCCGCUCGUCACCCGAUUUAUUGAUCGUAUGACUUCAAAUGGCCAAGUUACAUUGGUCUGUCCUGAGCCAAACAGCUCAACCACCAAGAGGCCAGUGCUUGAUGACGAUUUGACCGGAGAAGGAUUUACCGACAGCCUGUUACCCGAAAUGACACUUCAUCCGAUUGACUUUGUAAUUCAGAAUAUUCCUCACAUAUGGGGUCGUGAAAUUGACUUGUGGGGAGAUGCCCUGUGCGGUCUUGAAUCAGUAAAGAACAGAGACGGGCCUACAGACCCAAAGACCUGGUCACAGCAACUGGCCAACGACGGCAAGAUGGAGGUGAUGGUAAUCGAGAGCAUGUACAGCUAUGUCAAGAAACUGGCCAACAUUCGAAAGCACGUUUCACGAAUCGGCCAAUUUGAAAACCCAUUCACAAUUCAUUUCCGACCACCAAACACCAUCCGCGAGAGCUGGUGGAAGCGCUUGCAUCUCAACCAGUACGAACGAGAAAACAUGGUGUGUAUCAUGUGCGAUGGCGAAUUCUAUGUCAUCAAAGACCCAAAGGAAAUUACCUUUAGACGAUGUGCCCAGAUCUGGACCUUGGGCAGAAGUGAUAGUAAACAAACCGGUCGUCUUGUACUCGACGAAAUUGCCAGCCAAAGACUUAGCCAAGCCUUUUAAAAAAAAAAUUCUUAUUAAUUAUUAUCAUUAUCACUAUCAUUUGUCAUUGGCAUUAAUCUAUCAUCACUAUUACAUCUCUACUUACUACAAACUACAAAUUAAUUCUACCUAUUAUCUAUUAUCUAUUAUUAUUUGCCUACCUACCUACCUACUUACUUACUUAUUUAGCAUCUUUUAUAUCUAUAUCUAUCUAUCUAUCUAUCUAUCUAUAUCCUUCUUACUUAUACUGCCAUAUACUCAUGUAUUUUAAUGCAAUGUGUAUCUUACAAUCUACCCUUUUUUUGUUUUUGUUUUUCUUUUAUUGCACAAAUCAAACCUGCUUUCACAUUAAUACUACAUUCAUUAAUCAAUUAAUCAAUUAAUAAAUAAAUAAAUAAAUAAGAAU